AUGAAGACCGCCGUCCUCUCGUCGCUGCUCCUCGCCGCCAACGCCGAGGUCUACUCGGUGCUCUUCACGACCCAAGCCGGCAACGUGACGAUUGACGUGCACGAGGACUGGGCGCCGAUCGGCGCCGCCCGCUUCAAGGAGCUCAUUGCCGACAAGUUCUUCGACAACUCGGCGUUCUUCCGGUAUGUGCCCAACUUUGUCGCGCAGUGGGGCAUCGCGGCCGAGCCCAAGGUCAACGACAAGUACGGCAACAUCACGGACGACCCGCGCAACGUGGCGGUCUCGAACCUUCCGGGCACGAUUGCGUAUGCGAUGGACGAAGCCCCCAACACGCGCACGACGCAGGUGUACGUCAACUUUGCCAACAACUCGCGCCUGGAUGCGAAGGGCUUUACGCCGUUUGCGAUCGUCACGAGCGGCCUCGACGUGCUCCAAAACAAGAUCUACGCCGGCUACGGCGAGGAGCCCGACCAGGAUAAGAUCUACGCCGAGGGCGAGGCGUACCUCCAGCGCGAGUUUCCGCUGCUGACGCACAUUACAAGCACGAGCUUUCUCCACGACAACUGCUAA